CAGUCACACUCAUCUGUGAUUUUUCUCAAACAACCUCAAAGUUACAUCUCGCGUUUCUACACGCAGCUUACUUUCCUGGACUUGGGAGAGCUUCCCCGCACCGACAGCUGCACAGCAUCAUGUACGUCGCGAAUGGGCAUAUUCUCGGAAGGAUACAUUUUCAGAAAGAAACAGUCGAGCUAACAAAGAUUCUCAUUACCAUUAGGCGCAUCACCGUAAGCGUUAUCCGCCCGGAUCAGGCAGAUGCCGAUAUUAUCUCCCUCGAAGUCGGAGCAGAUAUGACGGUCGAGCUCUUAAAAGCCAUUGUUGAAAGUGAAACCUCGAUACCGCCCAACGCGCAGCGACUCGUAUACAACAACCAGCUCCUCGGGGAUGACUCCCGUACACUCGAGCAAGUCGGCAUCGGUGAGGGGGAUAUGCUCGGUGUCCAUGUGACGCUGCGAGCACCCCCCGCGCCAACCCGAAGCAUAGGAGGCCCCAGCUCUGCUGCCGCACAACAGAGUCUGCAGCGACGCCAGGCCAUGACUCCAGAUCCCGAGACAAUCCGUCUACAUAUUUUGGGUGACCCUCGUGUGCGGGAAGCCGUCCGAAGGCAGAACCCGGAGCUGGCAGAUGCUGCCAAUGAUGCACAGCGAUUCCGUGAGGUCCUCACCCGACAACAAACCCGCGAGGCCCAACUGGAGGCGGAGAAGGAAGCGCGGAUUGCCAUGUUGAAUGCCGACCCAUUCAAUCCCGAGAACCAAAAGCAGAUCGAAGAGAUCAUUCGUCAAAAUGCUGUGACGGAAAACCUACAUAAUGCAAUGGAGCAUCACCCGGAGUGUAAGUCGGGCCUGCAAGUCUUCAACGUAUGCAGAGCUGGUCGUUAAACAAGCAGCACAGCAUUCGGUCGCGUAACCAUGUUAUAUAUCCCUGUCGAGGUCAACGGCCACAAACUGAACGCCUUUGUCGAUUCUGGUGCACAGGUC